AUGCUGAUGGCUGCGUGGUACGCCGUGUGGAGCUUGUUCCGGCGGACCUGCGGCAAGAAGCUGAAGGACCACCAACUCCAGAUUCGUUGCGCCGUGUUUGGAGUCCUCAGUGUCUUGGCCCUCAGGAAAAACCCGGUGAGCCCUGUGGUGGUGGUAGGCUCGCUUUUGUGUCGGGCAGCUUCGACGCUGACAGAUGACCCCCUGCUCUAUUAUCUAGGCUACGCCUUCACCGGUUCUCUCUUCCAAGGAAUCAGCCAUGGCAUCGCGCGAGAGGAAGCAACUCUUGUCGCCCUCCAGCGGCAAGGUGAGCAGGCGAAGUUGCGCUACGAGUGGGCGCACGUCACCUACUUCCCGGCUCUGCUAUUCCACACUGUGCAAGACGCAGCGUCCAGGAGGUUUAAGGUCUCUUAG